CGGGUUGUUGUUGAUGUUGAUAUUAUUUUGAACAUGUUUCAAAAUUGUCAUAUCAAAACAUGUAUGGCCAAGGGUGAAGUUAAAGGUUGGCACAUUAAAGGUGGUGUAUUGCAUGUUAUGUGGACAUGUGAAAAUGGUCAUGCGGAUGACUGGACAUUGUCGAAGGUAUUAUGUGAGAAGAGGGGGCAGAAGGUGUUUGUAAACACCUUGCUUAUGGCUGCAUCUAUUUUAAUUACUGGCAACAAUUUUGAAAAGGUGAGGACACUGUUCACAUUUCUUGGAACUGGUUUUUUGUCUGCAUCAACAUUCCACAGAAUCCAAAGGAACUACGUUGUGCCUGAAGUGUCAUCCCUCUGGGAAGAAAUGAAGAAGGAAAUUUGGGCUGUACUAAACAAUGAGACUUUAAUCUUGUGUGGAGAUGGCAGAAGUGAUUCUCCUGGAUUCUCUGCCAAAUAUGGUACUUAUGUACUAAUGGAGCAGUUCCUGGAGGUCAUUGUUGACCUGGAGGUGAUAGACAAAAGGCAAACUGGUGGAGUAUCAACAAAUAUGGAAGUUGCUGCCUUAAAAACGCUUCUUGAAAGACUUGUUGGAAACUUGGUGGUCAGUGAAGUCACAGAUGCAUCUACUGCAGUUAUGGCUCUAGUCAGAAGAAUGAAAGUAAGUAUAAACAAAUGUAAUUGUGAUCUUUUCAUUUGUGAAAUUAUGAAAAUCUGUAUUUCAUAUUUAGUUCAUGUAAGUAAAAUAAUUAGGACUUUUAUUGAAGGGAGCUUAAAGGUUUAAGCAGUUUGCCAAUUGCUGAAUUCGUAUUAGAAGACGAAUUUCCGUCUGAGAUGGGAAACUCAUGUAAGAUUACAAAUUCAGCUAGCGAUAUGUUUCCUCUCUCAACUUUUCCAUCUAUUAUUAUCUCGACAAUGAAAAGUUAGACAAGUUUCUCGUAUUAGACAGUAAACUUGUCUAAAAUGUAUAUCAGACAGAUAAUCAGGGUUUAUACGUCCGAUGUUUUUCGUUUCAUAUUCAUGAUGGAAAUCCAUCACAAAAGUAUUCAGGGAUAUUUGGGAGCGUAAGUAAAUCUUUUCCUUAAUUAUUUUGAUUAUUUUUCUUUUAUAGAAAAGCAUCCAGAUCACUUCUCACACCUGUUUCAUGCCUUGGACAUCUGGCACAAGACCAUCAAGUUGACCAAGAAGCUUGCAAAGGUAAUUCCAAUGUUUUAUCUUUAUUUAUAAUUGUUAAAAGCAAUGUCACAACAUAUCAUUUUCAUGCUUGACCUCAGCCACUAAUUACUAAUUAUUCAGCCCAAUCAUGAUUAUAAUGCAAUUGUUUCCACAACAUGCAGUCGUCAAAUAUAAUUAGGCACUAAUCUGAUCUGAAACCUAUUUUAUAUGCUACUGUAAAUUAUGCUUGGUGACUGAGUGUCAUGGAUUUAUGAUCACAAUUUGGGACAAUGAUAAAUACAUUUUGGAUGAUGUGUUAUUUUCUGCUGGCUGGGGGCUCAAUGAAAUCAGGGUGUUAUAGGGUGGUGCAGGUUAGUUGAGCAUAUUUUUGUUGUUGCUCAACGUAGCUUGACAGUUUCCCACCCACCCAGCCUUUUCUUAUUAGUAGAGAGUAGGGGAACAGAACGGUUUUGGACUGGGUAUGUAUGUACUUGUUGUAGUAAUUAUGUAGCGAGCAAUUGUAAAGUAUGUGUAUGCUAGUUUAAUAAAUGUCAAGCUUGCGGCUGAUGCUGCAGCAGCUCCCAGCGGUGUGUGAGAAAUUGAUUUAACGAUUAUAGAAAUGGUAGAAAAGCAUCACAGCAUGAAUACCAUACUGUAAUUAUAUGCUUUUCUGGUUCUUGCAGGCAGCCAAAGUGAAAGGAUGUGAAUCAGUUGCUGAAUGGUCAGAACCAAUCAGAAACCACUUUUGGCAUAUUGCAGAGCACUGUAAUGGUGAUGCAGAAGUGUUGAAGGUAAUCAUUUAAAUUUUGAGCUAUGUGGGAUAGGUGUUUAUGUACAUACCAAUAAUCAGUGCUGUGAGUAACUUUGUUACAAGUAACUAGUUACAUGUAAUCGUUACUUUUUUGAGUAACUGUAACGGUAACUAGUUACUUUUUUCAGAACGUAACUUGUAACUGUAACUAGUUACAAAAAUUAGGAAUAAAAUGUAACGAUAACUAGUUACAUUUGCCGUCAAGAAUGCCGUUACAUUUUGUGUGCUUGAAUCAUCAUCACAAUUCACACGGCGCUACCUCGGCGGCGCUACCUCGGCGGCGCUACCUCAGCGGCGCUACAGUGCAUUCUGGACUAUUUACAGUAUAUGCAAAUGCGAUGUUAAUAGCAUGCAUACAUGUGCUUUUAUCCAUUCAUUCGUUGACGUGUGCGGUUACACUCAUAGUGGUAUUAGUAGCUCAUCAAGAUGUCUUCGGCACAACCAGUAUCUGAAUCGAAUCCAUGGCCGCACUUGGAAACAAUGUUCCAGUUCAAAUCUGUAGCGGGAAAAAUCGUGAAGCUAACUUGUUUACUGUGUUCACUGAAAGUUAAAGAGUGCUCUGCAAGCCUGUCAUCAUUGUCGAAUUUGUGUAAACAUGUUCAGGUUGGUUGGUCUACUUGGUUGUUUUAUUUAAAUAAUAUUGUAUUAAUACUUGCAUCAGGGAUAAAUAAUCAUGCAUCAGUAUUAUCAUAUCAUGUAUGUUUAUAUUUGUAUCUAUCAGUGAUGUUGAUAUUUAUCAUGGUCAAUACGUCGAUAUUCGAUACGACGAUAAUCACUUGACCAACCGCGUGUUAACGCUUUUACACUGAGUGUUUAACAAACAACUAAUCAAAUAUAUUUAGGUUCAGCUUUUGCAGGUGCCGGCUUCUUCUAUAUUAAGUAUUAGUAAAUGACUAAUGUAAAUUUUAGGUAUAAGCGAGUAAAACUUGCGUUUCUUGUGAAGCAGUUUUAAAGAUUGAAUAGCCUACUAUUCACGCGGCUGAAGGCGAUGAAGUGUAAAAUAUUUUAAAUUUGCAAUUUCAUUUAUGUCGCGUAGGUGCCAAAAAUAGUAACUUGCGUACCUUAGUAGUAACUGUCUGUUACUUAUACAGUUAUACUAUGAAAAACUUGUGGGGUUAAGUCUGCUUCGGUAGGUUUCGCAUAAGCCUGUAACUUAGACUGUUACUUAUACUAUCUGAUCUCAAUAUUUUUAGAGAGCCCAUCCACACCAAUUGUCAAAGUUCAAUGAAUUGUGUUCUCAGUCACGAAAAAGGAAAGCUUGUAACCAAGUGAGUCAGGGAAAUUCAUCAAAACAACCCAAGGUUUAUGACAUGCUUACAACCCCAGCCAACGCUAACAUGGUUUCACAAGCCAAAAUUGACGACCUUCUGAUCGGUUUUAUUACCGAAGGAUUAAUGCCUUUUUCAACAGUUGAAAUGCCUUCCUUUCAAAGACUUGUAAAAGGACUACAACCAAAUCGGUCUGUUAUGUGCAGGGCAACUGUUACAAAAAGAAUCAACGAAAAGGCCAGUCUAGUUAAGAAGAAUGUGAAAGAUGCCAUGGCGAAAGUGCAACAAGUUGCAACCACAACUGACUGUUGGACCGCCCGUCGCCGUUCAUAUAUCGGGGUUACAGCACAUUGGAUUGAUAGCGAAAUCAAUCAAUCAGGGUACAAACUAUAUUUGAAAAAAAACGUGGUUGAAUAACAGGGUAUUUUCUUCUUUCUUUUAUCUAUUCAACUAUAAAAUUGUUUUUAUUCUUUAUUUAUUGCAGGUAUGGACUUCAUCAAUGAUCGACUUGAAAGUGACACAGGUGUCGGAGCGUUACGAGAAGCUGAAACGUCGAUUUCCUCUGUAGAAGAUGAUGAGAAUAAUUUUUUCUUUACUAAAAGGAAGACAAGUGCAUCUGAGCUGCAGUUAUUUCUGGAAAGCCACACAGAAGAGUUAUCUGUAUAUGCAA